AUGGGGUGCACCGCUUUUGAAAGGCAUUCGACCUUUUCUCUCGACAAAAAGAAGAACUCAAUGGAGGUGGCGCCGCUCUUGGUCGUGCGCCUUGCCCUGCGCGACAAGCUUAAAUUCAAUGUUCCUGACGGCGUGGGCAUCGCCAUCUCUGACCUCUUGGUGGAGGACAUGCCUCUGAGUCGAGGCUGUCAAUUGAGUCACCCCGGAUCGACGCUGCUGCUGGAGUUCAUUUGGUCGAGGGGGCUUCGAAUCCUGGAGAGCGACAAUUGGAGUCCGGCGAGGUUGCUGCAGGUAGAACCGCACUACUUCCGGUGGGAGCUGACGCAAGCAAUGGCUGCGGCAGUUCGUCAUGGGGAUAUGAACCACUUUGAGUGGAUUCUGGACCGGUAUUCGGGCUGUCCAGUGUACCAAGAAGUGCUGAACGAAACUUGUAGAGAAGGGGGACUGGAAAUUUUGCAGCUGCUGGAGCGCGCUGAUAACACGGGAGGUCUUCAGUGGGGCAACCUGCUACUCAACUGGGCGGUAGACUGUGGUCACUGGGAUCUCAUCCACUGGGUGGAAUCACGCCUCCCCCAUAGGGCGGCUCGCGGACUCACGUCUGCUUUCCAACAGAGCUAUUUCGAGGAAACUAAGCGGCUAACAGCGCAUGGCUAUGAAAUGCACGCCAGUAUUGACGAAAGUCCUGCGUAUUAUGAGGAGACGUGGCCAACUUGCAAAGAAAUCGUGCGCUAUUUGCUUCCGCGGAUCUAUGGUCAACUGAAUACGGAACAGCUUAUCGGCGCUGCACUACAUACCGCGGCGGAAGCGGAUGAUCUCGAGUUCAUUCGGUGGUUGAUCGACCGGCCUGUGGAGUCCCCUCAGCUCGUGUAUCGCCCCGCUUUUGUCCUGCGCCUGUAG